GGAUAAAAACUAUUUAUUAUAAACUAAUAGCCAGCUAGAGAUUAGACAAUAAAUAAGCCCACAGGCAGUAUUUUCACAGCCAAAAUUAGUGUUUACAGCGCCGCAAUGGACGAGGUGGACGAUGAGACUUUCGAUGACGCCAAGUCGGCGCGAACAUCAGAUGAGAAUCGCAAGCAAAAUCACAGCGAAAUCGAGAAGCGCCGCCGGGACAAAAUGAACACCUACAUAAAUGAGUUGUCAUCCAUGAUACCGAUGUGCUAUGUGGUGCCACGCAAAUUAGAUAAACUCACCGUACUUAAAUAUACAGUGCAACACCUGCGCAGCAUACGCGGCAGCGUGCAUCCCUACAGCGGUGGGGAUUACAAGCCAUCUUUUCUCUCGGAUCAAGAGCUCAAAAUGCUAAUACUGCAGGCAUCAGAGGGUUUUCUUUUCGUGGUGGAUUGUGAUCGUGGACGUAUUUUAUAUGUUUCGGAAUCGGUUUCUCAAGUGCUAAAUUGCUCGCAAAUGGAUUUGCUCGGUCAAAGUUGGUUUGACAUAUUGCAUCCAAAGGAUGUUGCUAAAGUCAAAGAGCAGCUGUCUUCAUUGGAUCCCAGUCCGCGUGAUCGUCUAAUUGAUGCAAAGACCAUGUUACCCGUCAAAACUGAUAUUCCACAAAGCUUAUGUCGCCUCUGUCCGGGCGCACGUCGCUCAUUCUUCUGUCGCAUGAAACUCAAAUCUAAUAAUAACCAAAUUAAAGAGGAAUCUGACACAUCAUCCAGUUCACGCAGUUCCACCAAGCGAAAAUCCAAGCUGAGUGGUGAUCACAAAUAUCGCGUUAUACAAUGUACCGGUUAUUUGAAAUCAUGGACCCCCAUUAAAAAUGAGGAACAAGAUAGCGAGAGUGAAGAUAAUCUCACGAAUCAUUCCAGUUUGGUAGCAAUUGGCAGAAUACCGCCAAAUGUUUUGGAAUCCAAUGUGCCGCCGUCGCUGGAUAACCAUCCGAAUAUAAGACAUGUGCUAUUCAUUUCAAGACAUUCCGUAGAUGGUAAAUUCCUAUUCAUAGAUCAAAGAGCCACAUUGGUCAUCGGUUUCUUGCCACAAGAGAUGCUCGGCACCAGCUUUUACGAUUAUUUCCAUCAUGAUGAUGUUCCUGCUUUGGCGGAGUCACAUAAAAUGGUCAUACAGGUGCCGGAGAAGGUGACUACGCAGGUCUAUCGCUUUCGUUGCAAGGAUAACACUUUCAUACAACUGCAGAGCGAAUGGAAGGCAUUCAAAAAUCCAUGGACCACAGAUAUUGAGUAUAUUAUAGCGAAGAAUACGGUUUUCCUGUGAAUUCACACACUCUUCAGCUUUUUACAAACAUACAUAUAAGUACACUCGGGUGCAUUGAUAUGCCGUGUAAUUUCUUUCAUAUGACUUAAGUUACUUUAAUUGUACUAUUUGUGUUAAUCGUAUGUGUUUUCAUAUAUUACGCUAGUAAUAAGUACGUCACAUUAAAAUUGUUCAUACAUCCGCCUAUGUUUUUGAGGAGAUCUACAAAUACAUAUUCAUCAAUACACAAUGCUUUUGUGUAUAAACGGA